AUGUCUGAUUUUAGAAGGGCCUUGGAUGACUGCGGGCUUAACAAUCUUAGGUUUAUUGGUAAAUGGUUUACUUGGGAACGAGGAAGGUUUUUGUCAAUAAACAUAAGAGAGAGAUUAGAUUGGGGGGUUGCAACUUUGAAUUGGGUCAACUUUUGCCCUAGCUAUCAACUAGAACAUUUGACUCAUUCCUUUUCGGAUCACUACCCUAUCCUUUUGGAUACAUUUGGGAAACUAAAGAUGUCAUGUAUUAAUGAAAAACCGUUCAGGUUUGAGGCCAAAUGGUGUUUAGAAGACUCUUUUGAAGAGGUGAUUAGAAGAAAUUGGAAUGAUAUUUCCAGAAGUGUCCCUGAAAAGCUUGGAAGAUUAGGUCAGCAGCUUCAAAGGUGGAGUGGAUCCAAAGAAAGAGAUAAAAAGAAAAAUCAGGCAUUACUUGAAGAAAGACUAAACUGCCUUUAUGAGCUAGAUCCAACUGAUGAGAUUUUGGGUGAAAUCGCAGAUAUUCAAUGA